UUGGCCAUUGGCUGACACGUAACUUCCGGUAGUUUAGCCAUGCUUCGUCGGGUUUUCAGUCGGAAAGUUGCUAAUUUUCGGUCAGGUUUGGCCAUAGUAGAACUCCCGGACUGCCUACCAGUCUGAUUCAUGUGUAUGGUCGAAAACACAAUAUACGCCAAGAAAAUGUUAUUGUUUUCCUUUAAAUUUUUAUUGAUUGCUGUUGUUAGACAGUGUGUUUGCAAACAGAAUUUUGAGGAUGCCGGUGGUUAUUCCGGGUCUUUAAUAGGAAAAGCCUGGAAAGUAACAUCCAAACAUGGGCAAGGAUACAGUACUAAUAUCUGCAGUACGCCCCAGUGUCAGAUUACCGGUGAUUCGAUGCUUAGUUCGGUUAAUUUUUCCAUCGAUCCCUGCCAAGAUUUCUACCAGUUCGCUUGUGGCAACUGGAUAGCCAAGCGUCCAUUAUUCCCGGCUGAAAACUACCGUUCUGUUUCGGGAGAUCUACAAACCUUAGUGCAAUAUCAACUCCGAGAUGUUCUGUCAGCAAAAACCGCAUCCCGGCUUGGCUCCGCCCAAAAGAAAGCAAAACAGUUUUACGCCCAAUGCAUGGAUGAAGGUUUAGCGGAACGACAAGGAACCGCUUCAUUAACCACAUUAUUAUGCCGUAUCCUGGGCGGUUGGCCAUUGAUUACGGCUAAUUGGUCUGCUGCUAGCUUUGAUUUCUUAACCGCGACCACGGAACUAAGUCAUUGCGGAGUGGGUGACCUCUUGCUGGAUAUGGCGGUCGCCCAUGACCCCAUUAAUUCUACAAAGAACGCCAUCUUCUUGUCGCCCGCUACGGGUUUUGGUAAAGAUUUCCUGCAUAUCGCUAAUGGACAGCGAUACAUUCGCAUGUAUCCUAAUCUGAUUAAGAAUGUCGCUCUGUUUCUGCGUUUUGGCAAUGCGCCACCGAAAUUUUCCAUGGAGAAUCUGGACUAUCUGCUACGCUUGGAGGAAGAUAUUCACGAGCUCCAUGCGUUGCAUUUAUUUUUGACCAACGUCACCGCCGCCGCGGCCGAGUACUACGCGACCCAGCCGCUUAGCGUCGUUCCCAUGAAUGUCUCAGAGUUUCGGUCCACGUAUUUUUUUCGCUCCAACUUUGCAUCCAACUUGAUUAGUUAUAUGCAAAUGUUGUUUCACCGUUCGUUAACAAAUUCAGGGCUUAAUUCCUCUAAAAAUUUCGUUGUCGCAAAUAGUACAAACGUGUACGUAGCGGCGCCAUUAAUCAUGGAGGCUAUUGACGGAAAACUAGCUCAGCUGGAAAACAGCAAUAAGGGAAGACGUUUAUUGGCGAAUUAUCUUGGUUGGCAGAUGAUUGCUUCGUAUAGCGCCACGCUUCCAAAAACGGUAGGACAAUAUUUUCAGGACCAACGACAAAUUGUUGCCGGUGUGACAGAAGGCUUACCGAAAUGGAUGGAUUGCAUUAAAACAGUCCGUACUGUCCUGCCGGCUGCGGUGGGUGCGCUGUACGUGCAGAAGUAUGCGAAAUUGCAUCCUACCGCAAAAUCUCAGGUCAAGCAAAUGAUUUACAAUCUUCGGCAAGAAUUCCGCAGCAUGUUAUCGAAAACCCAGUGGAUGGACAAAGCGACACGAUUCCAGGCGUUGACUAAGUUGAAAGAUAUGCUGGAAUAUGACCUUUACGAAGAGCAUCUUUCAGGGAACAGUAACGUGGUCGAUAAGCUUUAUUUCCAGUUUGAUAUGAAAGAGAGUUUAUUCGACACAACAGUUAGCUGGGCAAGGGUGAACACGGACAGGAAUCUUGCAAAAAUUGCAACCGAAAACAAACGAGACGACGGUUUCCUUACCAUGGAUGCUUCAGCUACAAAUGGGUUUUAUAAUCCAUCAGGAAAUUAUUUAGCUAUUUUGGCGGGGAUCGCACAAGCUCCGUAUGUUAAUUGGUUUGUGCCAAGCUUCUAUACCUACGGCGGUUUAGGUUGGGUUAUUGGGCAUGAAAUUACCCACGGUUUCGAUAACGCGGGAUCGCAACGAGACGAGCAGGGGAAUAUUUUUAACUGGUGGUCCAACAAAUCCCGAAUGGCAUUUGCUAACAAAGCCGCCGAAUUGGUCAAACAGUUCAAUCGAUUUAAAAUUGGCGAGCGCAGUGUGGAUGGUAUGCUGACGCUAACGGAGAACAUCGCCGACUUAGGCGGCAUCAAAGCGGCUUACGGGGCUUAUAUCCGGAAAACAAAACAGUUGGACCAGCACGAAGAAACCUUGCCCGGAUUCGAAUUUUAUUCCCCUAGACAAAUGUUCUUUUUAUCGGCUGCUCAGAUCUGGUGUGGGCAUUACGAUCCAGACUUCCAACAGUUAAUGCUUUUAACUGAUGUCCAUAGCCCCUUGCAGCUACGAGUGAACGCUAUCUUCGCCAACUUAAAAUCAUUCGCCGAUGCCUACCAGUGUACGGUUGGGACGCCGAUGAAUUCAGAGAACACAGUGAAUUUGUGGUGAUAAACAGCACGCGCAAGGUUCAUUACCAGUUCAAUGGGGUUUAUAAUUGUUUUGGUUUUUUUUAUCCAUCAUGCCAGCGGAUACGUACCAUUCUUAAUAAG